CAGGCCGUCCUGAAGACGGUUAUUUUGAUCCAAGGCAAGGGAUUCACCGAGGCCCCAGCACAUCUGUCAUGCACAGAUCUGCCACAGCGUUGGAGAAGACCGAGGGGCCAGGUCAUCAAAGGUUCAAGUGUGCAGGGUGUUGACUGGCGGAGGGUGGGCAAAGGACGACAAGACUUGCCGCGCUCAUGUCGGCUGGACCUCAGCAAGGCUAAGGAGCGUACUAUCAGCCAAAAGAAAAGCGCCGCGCUCCAAUUCGCAAGCAGUUUGCAGCAGCUGGACGGGAUGACCUCCUUGGUAGCAGUGUUGGGAGCUGCAGAUCGAGCACAAGUGUGCAGCUCCAAGUGCGGCGAUGUGCUUGCUUGCUCUCCACUCGCCUACCAGCAGCCACUUGUCCCAUUUGGAUUUUGCAUCUUGUUGUGCGAGGAGCUGGAGGCACCUGGCCAUCUGAACAUCGGGCGGCCACUAGAAGAAAUGGUGCCUUUUCUUGAAAGCGACGAGUGGACUGUUCCGGAUGGUGUCAGCACGAAGGCAAGGCUUCUGUUAGAGAAAAUAACACUGACGCCACUUGAAGCACAGGACCUUGAGAAGAACUCGCGGAGGCAGCGCGACAGUGCUACCUGGCUUCAGGCAAGGCAGUACCGCCUGACUGCAUCGAACUUUGGCACCGUACAUCGUCACGGCGAGUGGACAGAAAAGGGACUGGCAAACCUGACCUCAACAAAGGACUUGUCCAGGGUUCCUGCCAUUCGGUAUGGGAUUGUCAACGAGCCUAAAGCACUGCAACGCUACGAGGACGUUUUAAAGAGCAGGGGCCGAGACGUCCAUCUGUCGAGUGCGGGGCUGUUCGUGGAUCCUGACCAACCAUGGCUCGGAGCAACUCCAGAUGCAAUUGUGUACGACGCGACAGAACAACCACCAUGGGGAUGUGUAGAAGUAAAACGCCUUUACACCUUGAGGAAUGCAGAUUGCGACACACUGCUCGCAAGUAACAUUAGUGUUGCUUUUGACAGCUCUAACUGUCCGCAUCUCAAGACAGAGCACCCCCACUUUGCUCAAGUGGUAGGACAGAUGGGGGUAACAAACCUCAAGUGGGCAGACUAUGUUCUUUAUGGGGACAACUUCCUAACCAUUCAGAGGAUCAGGUUUGACAAGAAUAUUUGGGAGGACAUAAAAGAGAGCUUAGACAACUUUAAUUUCACUACUCUUCUGCCAUACUUUGCAGCAAAGUCGUAA